GGAGUUGGAGGAGUGAGGGGAACCAUCUUGACGUUGAGUUCCACGGCUUCCCUGCUGUUUGUCCCAGUCUGUGGUACUGUACUGUACCGGGGAGCUUGGCUAAAAUGGCUGCAAGCAACUAUUUUGGGUUCCCACAUGGUGCCAGUCCGCAGUACAGUACCCAGCCUCCCACGGCUUACUCCCAUCCUUCUACAGCUAGCUACAGCGUCCAGCAGGCUCCUGCUGUGGCCCAUGCAGUGACCGCCUCAUACUCUCCAGCUCCGGUUCAGGCAGCCCGGCCCGUGGCCUCGGCCCCUUACCCUGCCUAUCAGAGCCACCAGGCACCUCCAGACUACACCUAUAGACAGCCCGAUCCACCGCAGCCCACCACCACCCCACAGACGUACCAGGUAUACUCAGACAUGCAGCAGGAGAGCUAUAGCUAUGUGCGUCCAGCUGCAGGAACAACGUAUGACAACAAACAGUAUUACCAGACGAGUGUAGCACCAGCUCAGAGGACGCCCACAGAUAACUAUUACCAGACUGUCUCAGUAGGAGUGAAGCCUGCUUACAGCCCUGCUCCCUCCUCUGUGUACAACCAGCCACCUCUGCCCCAGAGGCAGGUGACUGCCCUCAAACCUCUGGUCCCCUCCAGUGCCGUGUCAACCAGCUACAACAUCUACCCAGUGUCCACUAGUGUCCAACAGCCUCCAACACCCAUUUCAUCAUACACGCCGGGCUCCUCGUUCAGCUCCCCUGUUUCUGCUACCUCCUACUCAGGCAUCAGCUACUCCAGUUACGAUUCUAUUGGUUAUACCUCUGCGUCCACCCCCUCCUAUUACCAGCCAGCUCAGCAAACUCUGUCCCAACCCCAGCCUCCACCGCAGCAGCCGCAACCACCCCAGCCCUCCAUCCAGCCACCACCAAAACAGCUGACAAGUUCCUCUUGGAGUACCUCAGGGAGCAACAUGGUGACGACUUCGACCGUAAACUCCUACAAAAAGCCAGCCUUCCACCAGAACAAACUGCAAAGGCCCAAGGGGCCUCCUAAGCAGUCACAGCUUCAUUACUGUGACAUUUGCAAGAUCAGCUGUGCAGGCCCUCAGACGUACCGGGAGCACAACGAGGGCCAGAAACAUAAAAAAAAAGAAGCAGCCCUGAAGGCAGGGGGGCAGACCGGGACCACCAAUGGGCCUAGAGGAGUUCAGACCCAGUUACGUUGUGAACUGUGUGAUGUGUCAUGUACUGGGGUUGACGCCUAUGCUGCUCAUAUCCGAGGAGCUAAACACCAGAAGGUGGUAAAACUUCACACCAAGCUUGGUAAACCUAUCCCCUCCACCGAACCAGUGCUGGUGAAUUCUGCCCCAGUUACAACAAACUCCACAGCUGGGAAACCUACAGCAUCAUCCUCAGUGUCUGCCUCAGCUUUAACCACUUCAACCCCAGCUGCAACACCCAAACCGUUGGCUGUAAACACCACGGCCAAAACAGCUCCACCAGUCAAGAAACAAGUUCCCAUCAAAUUAACUCUCAUUUCCAAUAAGCCAGCCUGUGCUCCUGUAGCAGCACCUGGGAUGGCAGUGGCAGUAAAGGUGGAGGAGCCUGUUCAGCUGCCAGUCCAGAAGAUGGAGCUACAAACUGAAGAUGAACGAGGUGGAGGCCAGGGAGACGUCCAGCCUGUGGGACAUGACUACGUAGAGGAGGUACGUAACGAGGAUGGAAAGGUGAUUCGAUUUCAUUGUAAACUGUGUGAAUGCAGCUUCAAUGACCCCAAUGCUAAAGACAUGCACCUAAAGGGACGAAGGCACAGAUUGCAAUACAAGAAAAAAGUGAACCCAGAGCUUCCCGUGGAGAUUAAGCCCAGUAAUCGGGCCAGGAAGCUUCAAGAGAGCAAGCUGAAGAAGCAGAAGCAGAAGGCUGUGCUGAAGAGACAGAGGGAGGAUGAGCAGCGCUGGCACAUGGAGAUGAGACGAUAUGAGGAAGACAUGUACUGGAGAAGGAUGGAGGAAGAGCAGAUGUACUGGGGGGAGCAGAGGCGCAGGAUGCCCCCUCCACCUCCUCCACCUCUAAUGAGUCGCCCCGGUAUGCCAGUGCCCCCUCUACUGAAUUGCGUCCGUCGCCCUGACUCUGCUGAUGAUCGUCACAUCAUGGCCAAGCAUUCCACUAUUUACCCGAUGGAAGAGGAGCUGCAAGCUGUUCAGAGGAUCGUCUCUCAUUCUGAGAGAGCUCUUAAACUGGUGUCAGACUCCUUGCUCGAGAAGGAGCCACCAGCCAUCUCCUCUACUGCUAUCGAGGGAGGAGAAGUAACAAGUGCUGAGAACCCCACCCGGCUGCUGAAAGGGGUGAUGAGAGUGGGGAUCCUGGCCAAAGGCCUGCUGCUUCGUGGGGACAGAAAUGUGGAGCUCAUACUGCUAACUGCCAAGAAGCCCACCGUCUCACUACUGAGGAGUAUCACCAAGCAGCUGCCAAAGGAACUCUCGACAUUUUCUGAAGAUCAGUAUGAGGUGCAGGCUCAUCCAGAGGAGGCGAACAUCGUGAUAUGUUCAAGCCAGGAGCCCAAAAUGCAGGUGACCAUUUCUCUCACCUCGCCGCUGAUGAGGGAGGACACUGCUGCUGAGAAGGACAAGCAGGCAGAAGGAAAAGCGGCCGAGAAAGAUGUGUCUGAGAAGGACCCUCCUGAUGUUUUAAACAAGAAGAAAUGUUUGGAUUACCUGGCUGCUCUCCGACAUGCCAAAUGGUUUCAGGCUCGUGCAAAUGGAUUGCAGUCCUGUGUGAUCAUCAUUCGGGUGCUGAGAGAUUUGUGUCAGCGUGUUCCCACUUGGGGGAGGCUGCCCGGUUGGGCAAUGGAGCUACUGGUGGAGAAGGUGAUCAGCAGCGCCACCGGCCCGCUCAGCCCAGGGGAGGCCAUGCGCAGGGUCCUGGAGUGCAUCUCCACAGGCGUUUUGCUUCCAGAUGGGCCUGCUUUAAUGGACCCCUGUGAGAAGGAUCCAACAGAUGCUUUGGAGAGCAUGAAGCCUCAAGCCCGGCAGGAUAUAACCGCCAGCGCACAGCAUGCUCUGCGGCUUCUUGCUUUCCGGCAGAUUCACAAGGUUUUGGGCAUGGAGUCCCUUCCAACAUCUAAGGCCAGCGCACGCAACCGCAAACGCCGACGGGACGUCAGCGACACGGGUGAAGGAGAGGGGGAGGGCAAGAAAGACAAGAAGGACGACGCUUGACCUCUGCCCCCACAGCAGAGGUGUUUGCUAGUUUAGAGACUGGUAGAAUGUCACUUCUUUUUUAAUUUCAGAAAAUAAAACACAGAUGUACACGUAUAAAUAUAACCUAUGACGCUACAUGUUACAUGUCUACCGUUAAAUCAAGAGGAAUAAUGUAUUUUGAGGUGGUUUUGGGCUGAUGGUUGAAAAACAGAUUUAAUGCAGUGUUUUUUUUUUUUUUGACGUUGCAGUUAUUUGGUUUUGUUUUAAAAAAAUCAUGUAAAAAGAUGCGUCAUUCCAAUUCGGUUUUAAUAGCACGCUAUGAAAUCGGACCCUCUCUUGUUUAUUUUUAAGAACCACUGCUUUUUCCUGUCAUCUUAAUGUCUGCAGUACACUAAGACACCUUCAGCACAAGUUUUAUUUUCAGCGCUUACCUCCGCUGAUCUUCAGGUCUGCCUAAUCUGACUCUAUAUUUCCAGGGUACUCACUGAAUUAAAUUUUCUCCUGAAAAAGUUUUCAUAAUGAAAAAUAGGAAGCUUUGCAAUGUUUAGAGGAAGAGCCACAUACAUUACUGUGACGUUUUAAGGUGCCUACACAUAGGAAAAUAACUAGAAACGGUGUACAAGUAUUCAGGUCUCUUCUGCACCAUCCAAAGCUCAUGUUGACUGUUUUAUAAACAUCUAAAGAAAGUUUAGGGUUGGGCUCAUGUUAAAGCUAAACUAUGUCAUGAAACCUACACAAACAGGAACUUACCUCUGAGGUUUGGUCUUUAGGGGUUCACUUGAAAAUAUGUUUGUCUCUGCGGAAGACCUUUUUCUUGCACAGUUGUAUUUAGAGGAAACACAGCACUUAAGAGAUGACAAUGUAUGCAGCCAUAGUUCUAACUUUUUAAAUAUGCCUAGAAAUCCCCCCUUUUUUUUUUCUUCCAAAAAAAGGUUAAGGGAGCGGGGGAGCUUUAAACAGAAAAAUAAGACUGAAAAUCUGCUGUGGUUACAGUCCCUUGACUUUCUUCCUUGUGCCUGCGUCAUGUGUGUUAAAGACUGAGUAAGGGGAACAUUUCCAAGUCGUUUUUGUGUGGUUCGGGUUGUCUUAGUUAUAGUAGAGGAAACGUGGGGCAGGGAAGGGACGCUUGCACAAUUUGAAAAGCCGAAGUAAGAGUUACUUGACAUGUUUUAGUUGGAUGUUUAUUUACAAAGAGCCUCAUAUAUAAGUCCUCCUUAUUUUAUUUACAAAAGACGUCGCAGUCUGUUUUUGUAUCGUUUAAACGGGAAGUGUGAACGUCGCUGUCCUAUAAUUUGAAUGUAUUUGUAGUGAUGCGUAAAAUUAAAGAUGAGGUAAUAAAACACUCUUCAGAC